AUGAGUAAUGAGAGCCACCUGCAAGUUACUUUCUCAAAGCGUCGUAGUGGACUUUUCAAGAAAGCCAAUGAAUUUUGCACACUUUAUGGUGCAGAUGUUGCUCUUGUUGUAUUUUCACCUAGUGAGAAGGUGUUUUCAUUUGGUCACCCACAUAUUGAUACGAUCAUAGAUCGUUAUCUAUCACGGGUCCUACCCCAAAACAAUGGCACCAUGCAACUAAUUGAGGCUCACCGUAGUGCCAACGUGCGUGAGCUCAAUAGUAAGCUGACUGAAAUUAAUAAUACGUUGGACAUUGAGAAGAAGUAUGGUGAUGAGCUGGUCCAUUUGUUCAAGGAAACUGAAGCUCGAUUUUGGUGGGCUUGUCCCAUUCAUUCGAUGAAUAGAGGUCAACUUGAUCUAUUCAAGAGGGCUUUGGAGGAACUUAAGAAACUUGUUGCACAAUAUUCUGAUAGGUUUAACCCUAUGUUGCAACCUCAUUUGUUUGGCUUCAACAAUAUGGAUGAAAAUGGCGGAUAUAGAUCAUUUGAAAUCUUUUGA